UGUUGUAGAAAACGUUUAGUAGUGAUACCAGAUAUUUGUGUGGUAUAAGGUCAGCAGUAAUUUUGUAUCAUUGUUUCCAGUAUGAACGAACAAAUUGAAAUGAUUAAACGAUUUGAAGGAUUGUUAUCUGCCCCUUUUACGGCUUUCUUCCAGAAUGGAAAGGUAAAUGUGGACAUCAUACCAAAGUACGUGGACCUGUUAUGUACAAACAACGUUCGUGGAGCAUUUGUUAAUGGUACAACAGGAGAAGGCCCAUCCCUGACAAUGGAAGAACGGAAGUUGACAGCAGAGAAAUGGAUAAUAGCUGGCAAAGGGAAAUUGGACCUAAUAGUUACGCAAGUUGGAGGUUGUAAUAUUAAUGAUGCAAAAGAACUGGCUAGACAUGCUGAACAGCACGGAGCAACAGCUAUUGCCUCUCUGCCACCUUUAUAUUACAAGCCAACUGAAAACAGAGAUUUGAUUAGUUACCUUGCAGCUAUUGCAUCAGCGGCUCCAAAUACACCCUUCCUUUACUACCAUAUACCGUCAUACACUGGGAUCAAUGUUAAACUUGACCAGUUCUUGUGUGAGGCAAAACUUCGCAUUCCUACGCUAUGUGGCGCUAAAUAUACGUCUACAGAUCUUCGAGAUUUAUUUUUAUGCCAGCAGCUGGAAGGCAAACCUUUCAAGCUUUUCCUUGGAGCAGAUGAAAUUAUGCUUGCUGCCUUGCCUCUUGGUGUGACGGCUGCCAUUGGCGCCACGUACAAUUUUAUGGCCCCAUUAUCGCACAAAGUGAUUCAAGCCUACAAAACUUGUGACUUUUCUGAGGCUCGCCAGGAACAGGGUCGGAUACUUAAAGUGGUUGAAGUGAUACUAAAACAAGGACCCCUGAUCAGUAUGAUUAAAGCAGUUAUGAACAACAUUGGACCAUUAGAUUUUGGAAAUCCGCGACCUCCACUUCAACCAGCUUCCGAACAAGAAGUGACAGCCAUGAUGAAAGAACUUCGAGCACUUAAGCUAGAAAAUCUGGUACAGGAGUGAUUAAUUUGUUCUGUAUCUGUUCACUGAAUAAAUAAAAUUCACUUUGCGAUGUACCAGACAUUAAGAAUUGUGUUUUAGCUUUUACCCGAGUAAUCUCAAAUUAUCAAAGGCUUUUCUUUAUCACCAUUAUUUUAGCUUACUGGUGCAUUGUAAUUUCGUAUUAUCAAAUUUUUUCAGUUAAGCUAACAGUUUUAUGUCUGUUGUGUUAAAAGUAAAAACUGUUUUGGUAAUAUUUCAAUUUUAAGUUGUCAUCUUUUAUCUUCUGUAUGGAAACAAACUCCAUAGUAAAAAUAAUGAUAGUAAGGCCUGCUUUGGGAAUAGCCCAAUUUUUGUAUUACUUGUUAUUAUAAUCAAAAGUUGUGGUUAUUACUGGACCAUGCUAUUUUAACAGUUUAUUCCUUAAUAUAUAUAUUGUAAUGAAAUGCUAAGAAUGGUUUGUAGUUUGAAUAAAAGUUUCCAGGAAUAAAGGAAAGU